AUGAACUCCAUCUAUAGGGGAAUUGACUUCCCCCCUGCGGUUGUCGUGGAUGUUAUUGUCGAUCACCUUGAUCUGCAGUCCAUCAAAGCCUUACGCCUGACCAACAGGGCCUGGAGCAAACUAUGCUUGGGCCCCCGCUUCAAAUCCUUCAUUCGCCAUCAAACCACUAAUUUGACGGCCGAAAGCUUGAAAUCUCUGAUGGAGCUGGCCUGUCAUCCUGACCUAGGUUCAGUAGUGAAGCAACUGACUAUUUUGGCGGAUGUGUAUGAUCCAUCUCUUCUGAAGAGAGUUCUCCACACGAGACGAUGUGAAGACCGGACCCGCAUGCCUCGCCUCACAGCGAGGGAUUGUACGCAGGAUGAGCUGGAGCAAGCACGGGCAGGGUUGCAAUGGCUGGAAGAGAAAUCAUUGACGUGCCUCCUUGUCGAUGAGGACGUUAUCGGGAAGAUUCUGGCAACUAUUCUCGACCACUUUGGACAGCUUGAUUUGAUCGCCUUGGAAGCCACCAUGACAACUGCACCCCGCGGAGACAUCUUCAAGUCAUUAGGCGAGUGGCACAUCAUUUGGGUGCAAGCGACCCAGGUUUAUCAUAUUGCCAUGACUGCUCUCGCUCAGAGUCGCAUUGAAGUGGAGGCCCUGAGCGUGUAUCGCGAAACCAUACGCUGCGGUGUUCCUUCGAAUGAGAUCACCGAUUUCAUGAACAAUCUCGAUGCGAAAGGGUGGGCCUUUUCUUCCGGCCAAUCAAUCAAAUACUUUGCCCUUGAUUUGUCUAUGCGGGUUGACUCCAAUCCAGAAAGGUUGGCUGAAGAACGGGAUCAACUGGAAAGGUAUGAACGUGAGAACCGUCGGAGGUGGACAGGGAAUCUGGGAGCGUUGCAAGCGGAUCUGCAUCCCGAGGCUGUCGCGGAGGACAACUUCCCUGGUGUUGCUCGUCUUUUGCAAAAGAUGCCGAACCUGGAAUCGUUGGUUCUCAGUCUGCGUCGCACAGUGAAAGGGGAUGUAAAUCCCUACCACCAACUCUUUGAUGCGAUCGCUGAGAUCCAUCUUCCACUGCUCGGAACACUUUCACUACUCGGCAUUUACGCUACCUCAGACUCACUAUUACGCUUCCUGCAACAUCACCCCACCAUUAGGGAGUUAUCUCUGGAAAAGAUCGAUCUUAGCUCUGGAUCAUGGGAGCCUGUCCUGCAGCACAUUCAACAAAUGCCAUCAUUGACCAGAGUCAUAUUAUCAAGGAUCGCAGUAGCUGGAGAAACAGUAAAUUUACGACCAGCGGAUGACACGGAAAAGAGGGAUAGUCUAUGUCAUCCCGACUACUUCUGUUGUAUCCGGGGUGUCUUUGUCCACCGGAGAGAGUUUGAUGCAGCUUCCAUCCGGGAGGGAUUCCAAUUCUGCCAGCGAGAUCAAGGGCCCCCGGAGAUGACAUAUGCAUUUACGGAUUUUCUGGUGUAUGAUCAUGAGGUCUAUGGGCUGCCAUAGCGUUAGUGCGUCCGUUCAAUAGAUCCGCAUUGGAUCCAGUCGAAAUGAAGCUUGCGCUCUCUCG